GACCCCCUUGUCCCAUUUUAUUCUGUUCCUCCUUCGCAUCCCCCCUUUACGCCUUCGGCCCAUCGCGAGUUCCUUACGGGAGAACACAGGCGAAAGAACCCUGGAGCCGGUGGAACACACAGCCGCUGCUCUGCUCAACCUCAGUGCCAAUAUGUUGUACCUGGAGACCACCCCAUCGGCCUCGUACAGUGAGUCACAGUACACAAACCUGACUCUGCUCAACAUGGAUCAGAACAUCCAAAAUGGCGGCUCCACCUCCACGAGCCCCUACAACAAUGACCAUGCGCAGAACAACGUGACGGCUCCGUCACCCUACGCCCAGCCCAGCUCUACCUUCGAGGCGCUGUCCCCGUCCCCAGCCAUCCCCUCCAAUACAGACUACGCCGGACCACACACCUUCGACGUGUCCUUUCAGCAGUCCAGCACAGCCAAGUCAGCCACUUGGACGUACUCUACAGACCUGAAGAAACUGUACUGUCAGAUCGCCAAGACAUGCCCAAUCCAGAUCAAAGUUCUGACCAACCCGCCGCAGGGGGCAGUGAUCCGGGCCAUGCCCGUAUACAAGAAGGCCGAGCAUGUGACCGAGGUGGUGAAGCGCUGCCCCAACCACGAACUAAGCCGCGAGUUCAACGACGGACAAAUUGCUCCUCCCAGCCAUUUGAUUCGGGUUGAGGGGAACAGUCAUGCCCAGUAUGUGGAGGACUCCAUAACCGGGCGCCAGAGCGUUCUAGUGCCCUACGAGCCCCCCCAGGUGGGAACAGAGUUCACUACUAUCUUGUACAACUUCAUGUGCAACUCCAGCUGUGUAGGAGGGAUGAACCGACGCCCCAUCCUCAUCAUCGUCACCUUGGAAACCAGAGAUGGCCAGGUGUUGGGUCGGCGGUGCUUCGAGGCGAGGAUCUGCGCCUGUCCAGGACGAGACCGCAAGGCGGAUGAGGACAGCAUCCGCAAGCAGCACGUGACCGACGGAUCAAAGAGCAGUGAGGGUACGAAGCGCCCCAACUACCGCCAGACAUCCCACGGAAUCCAGUCCUCCAUCAAGAAGAGAAGAUCUACUGAUGAUGAGGUUUUAUAUUUGCCUAUUAAAGGGCGUGAAAUCUAUGAGAUUUUGGUGAAAAUCAAAGAGUCUCUGGAGCUCAUGCAGUUUCUGCCUCAGCACACUAUUGAGUCCUACAGGCAGCAGCAGCAGAGCCUCCUGCAGAAACAUCUGCUAAAAGCCCGUCUGCGCUCGGAGCUGCUGGAGCCAGCGUGUGAGCAGAAGAGACGCUGCAGCUCGUCCUGAGACUCCUCCGUCCACUCACAUUCCUGCUCUGACCGCACUGGCCUCCGCUCCCUCUCAGCCUCCUCCUCCUCAUUUUCCUCCUCACCUUCCUCCUCUUCGUCCUGCUCCGAAUGCACUGGUCCUACAACACAGAAGCCCCCACAUCUCAGCCGCCGCCUCUUCCUCCACCUGCUACUCCUCUUCCUCUUCCUCUGGCUGACUGCACUGGCCUUCCAUUAUUUCUCCAUCUCAACCUCCUCUUCCUCCUCUCCUCGUCUUCCUCUGUGCCCCUGUUUGGCCCACCCAGUGGCCAUAGCUCUGUGGCCCCCUGGAGUAGAUGUCAAAGUAAAACAGUAGCUUUUGCAGUCACCUUAUCGUAGCAUUCAGUUCACUCAAGGUAGUGUUCUUCCGUCAUGGAUCAAGUUCACACCCCUAGCCUUCUGCAUCACACACCGUCACACCUCUUACACAUGAAGAAUGUACGUUCUUAAUGCAGGGUCUUUUCAUACUCCAAAGGUUAAUGAAGACAUAACUCUUUGCAUGGCCGAUUUUUAAAUGAUUUUCUUUUUUAAAUGUAGCUGUUGGGUGUCAUAUAUUAAUUAUUGCUAGAUGUUUUCACACAUUCACACCAAUGUACAAAUCUCAUUAGUAUGCUGGAUUUUCUCUACUUCCUGUAGUUUUCAGAUGUGUAGUUUGUAAAUGAAUAUAAUACCUGCUGGUAUUGCACAAAAAAACUACAUUGCACACAGUCAGAACAGCCUCAGAGCUGGCCACUUCCCUUUCCUGGUGAGUCUGGGAGGUUGAAGUAGGUCGGGAACCAAGCAUCAGUGUUUUGUUUGUUUGUUUGUGGGACUCGUACUGUAGUCACUCUUUGGGCUUUUUUGAGAGAGGAAUGAAAUGAACUCUCUGGCUUUCUACUGCGCUUCUCCCCUCUGUUUCAUUGUUGGAGCUGGACUCAAGUGCCUUUGGUUGGGUUUGUUUGGGAUUCAAUUUUAUGGAUAAGAUUAUGCUGGUCAUGUUAUAUUCUAUCACUGCAGGGCAGUUUUUCUUUCUUCGUUUGUCACUGAGAUUGAUUUGAUUGUUUUUCUCUUUCUGUUUUUUUUUGUGUAUUUUCUUAAAGAAAAUAAAAGCAUAUCCGUUUUGUUUGAAAGGCAUAUGAGAGGAUGACAAUUGAUGUUGUUUGUUGUUAAUGUUUAAAAAUGAUUUUUUUGUGACAUCAAGGCUCUUGCACUUUUGUGUAUACUCAAUAAAUGUUCCUGUCUGCUA